AUGACUAUUGUUCCAAAUAAGUGUUAUUCAUAUAAUGAACUUACGAAAUAUACAUGUCACCAUAAGAAUAAGGAAAGGUUAUAUAAAACGAGAAAUUUAAUAAUAUAUUCUUUCUCAGUGAUUAUAAGUUGGAUAAAUAGCAUGUCAAUAUGUGAUAAAAUUGUGAAUGAAUAUAAUAUAUAUGAUCUUAUAAAAAGUGGUGUAGUUCUUUUAAAAAUAAUAAAGAUUUAUAGGCCUCAUCUUGAAAUUAUUAAUAUAUUUUCUAAAGCAAUAAAAAAAAAGUGUGCUUUACAUAAUUUAGAAAAAGUGUUAGAAGUUGUUUAUAAGAAUAAUCCUCAUUGUUAUACCAUGGUAUCUUCAAUAGAUAUUUAUGAUAUGAAAAGGACAAAGGUCAAUUUAUUUUUAAUACAAAUAUUUGAUAUGUUUGAAUUUCAAAGCUUAAAAAAAAUAUCUACUCCUUUAUUACGUUGGUAUGAUAAUUCCCUUAAAACAUUUUCUUUAAGAUUAAAUGAAAGAACAAUAAAUGAUCCUUUUUAUAUAAACAAAGAAUAUGACAAACAAAAAUAUACUUUUCAAAUGAUAGAAGGAGAAUAUAGAUAUAAAAAGAAUAACGAAAUAAAUGAUAAAAAAGAAGAUUAUGAUAAUAUAAAAGAGAACUUAUUAUAUAAUUCUGAGAAGGAGGUAUUAAAAGAUUUUGCAUCGUAUAUAUUGUAUAAAGAUAAAGAAGAGCAUGAGCAAAAUAAAAAUAAAAUAAAAAUAAAUAAUAAUAAAUAUAAUAAUGAUAACCAUCGGUGUUGUAGUAGCGAUGGGGAUAUACCCCAUAUUGUUAAAGAUUUUUCUAAUUGUAUCAAAAUAUUUUUCAUAUUUUACAAAUAUGGUUAUAUAUUAAAAAAAGAACUUAUAAAUAUAUUUCAAUCAGAUAGAAAAAAUAAUAUAUUUUAUUCUUUAAAAAAAUUAAUGAAAAAAUUACAUAUCCCUAUUGUCCUACAAAAUAUAUAUUUAAAUAACCCUUGUGAAGUAGUACUUAUUUUACAACUAAAAUAUAUUUACAAUUUUAUUAUGAAUAAUGAUAAAAAUUUAUUUUCUAAUUAUUAUAUAAAAGAAAAAAACAUAUACACACCACAUGAGAAAAAAUUAUAUCUUAAUUAUGAGGAAGAAACAAACAAAAAAAAUUGCAUACCAAGAAAUAACUUUGUACAUAAAAAUAAGUUAUCACUCAAUGAUAAUUUUAAAAAAGAAAGAACAGAAGAAAUAAGACAAAUGUUUUAUGACAAAAUUAGGAAACAUAUGAAAAAAUAUGACAGAAAAUAG